AUGAACAGGGAGAGCAAAAGCGUUUGCUCCGAUGCUGGUUCCGGUGCCGACACUGGGAACGACGGUUGUGGAAGAUCAGGAUGGUGGGAAGGAUUGAGCCCUGAGAUAUUGGCUUUGAUUUUUGUUCGAAUUCCAGCAGAGGAGUUGGUUCAGGAGGUCCAACUCGUCUGCAAAUCAUGGCGAGAGACCAUCGCUGGUCCUUACUGCUGGACCGACAUUGAUGUCGAGAAGUGGUGUCGUCGGUGCAGCAGCACCGAUGUCACCGAUUGUUUAGUUCGUCGUCUUGUCCGUCGUAGCAGAGACUCUGUUCGACUACUCUCCGCUUACAAGCUUGGUGACUCCGGUUUCUCUUACGUCGCCAACUAUGGGAGAUGCUUGAAGGUAUUGAAGAUUCCAAUGAGCGAGGUGACCGAUAGGAUAGUGGAGAAACACGCUGAAUCGCUCUCAAAAGUGGCGUUAUUGGAUAUCAGUUACUGUUUGAAGAUCACUUGCAAAGGUCUUGCUGCUUUGGGGAUGCACUGCAAGUCUUUGGUUCGUUUGAGGAGAAACAUGCCGCCACCACCACCACCAGAAUUGCAGUUUCCUGCAGCACCGGAACCUCAAGUAGACGAUGGGGAGGCCAUGGUUAUUGCCGAUUCAAUGCCAGGGCUCUGUGAACUUGAGCUUGGAUAUGGCCGCUUCCGCGACCGUGGUCUCGAUGCCAUACUGACUAAAUGCCAGUCCCUCACUCACCUCGACAUACAAGGGUGUUGGAAUGUGAAGUUGGAAGGCAAUCUUGAGGAGAAGUGUGGUCGUCUCGCCGUCUUCAAGAGCCCUUGGGAUGCCAAUUUUGAUGAUUUACCAUUGUCUGACGAUGGUAGUGAUGCUGAAGAGGAUGAAGCCUCAGAAUUCUCACCUUUGGACUCAGAACAGAGUGAUGGAUAGCUUACAAGUUCUUCAUCUCCUUUUUGGUUUUUUUG